CAAACAGUUCACAAUUUGCUGUUCAAACAGCAAAGAUGCAAAACACCAACAACAGCAAACUGUAGGAAGAAGCUGCAAAUAAUUAACGCCUUCGUUUAAAUAUUUUUAUUAGAUUUUUUUUUAAUAUUUAAAAAAAAAUUUCGCAUAUGCACGAAAAAACUGACUAACGCGUGGCUAAUUUGAAUAGAGAUAAAAUAAUAUUGCAAACUACAAUGCAACACUUAAAGAGUGGCAAGUGGCAUGUAAAUGCUAAAUGAGUUAAAUGCGGGAAAAAACUAAAAGAUUUAAAGAAAGCAAACGGAAAAUAUUAGUUUUUUAUUUGUGGGCAAAAUUAAAUUUUAAAAUUACAACACCAAUGUUUGUAAAAAGCUCCAUGGCUGACAGUGUAGUGGAUGAUGUUUUAAAAGAUAUUUUAAAUUUAAAAAAUAAUUGUCUGGAAUUACUACAGCGUCAGGUGACAGAUUUAACGGAUACAAAAACUACUGUCGAGGAUUUAACCUCACGCACAAAAACCGAAUAUGCGGUAUUGCAGGCACGCUAUCACAUGCUGGAAGAGCAGUUCCGGGAGGCUGAAUUUCGUGCCGAGGAUCGUUUAGCCGAAGAACAAAAACGCCAUCGCGAGCUUUUAGCUCGUGUAGAGCGUGAGGCUGCCUUACAGAAUGAAAACUGUCAGAUCAAAAUCAAAACCAUAGAAAUCGAGGCCAAUGCUUUGCGUGAGGAGAAUCAACGUUUGCGUGUCCUAUGUGACAAACAAGCCAAUGAUCUACAUCGCACUGAGGAGAAAUUUGAACUGGCUAGAGAUCAAAUUGUGGCUCUGCAACAGGAUCUCGAUGAGGCUUUACAAAAGGAACGUAAAUAUGAAAAAGAAAAGAAAACUUCAGAAGAACUAAUGCUGGAGUUAAGUAAAGAAUUGGAACGUUUGAGGGCGGAAACUGGGCCGGCCUUGCCCACCACCUCACCCGAAUCCAUAAGACUGGAAGAACUACAUCAGGAGCUAGAGGAAAUGCGUCAAAAGAAUAGAGCUUUAGAAGAACAAAAUGAGGAACUGCAAGCUGCUGUUUUAACUCGUGGCGUGGAGGAGGGUCGCCAUUUGUUGAAUGGCACUUUAAAUAGUUUGGCUCAAGAAUUGGAAGAAAUGUCACAAGCUCAGGAUUCUGUGGAUUCAACCACAUUAGCAUCCUUAAGUCAGUUACAACAAGCCUUCCAGGAGAAAGAGGAAGAAAACACCCGCCUUAAACAUUAUAUCGAUACAAUAUUAUUAAAUAUUGUGGAAAAAUGUCCUCAAUUAUUGGAAGUUAAAGCCAUAAAUAAUAAAUAAUAGUUAUUAAUUAAUUAUAUUAAAAAAAACCCUAAGAAACUUUAUUAAGGCCAAUUUAUUAU